AUGCUGUCCUCUCCAAUGAUGUUGUCGUUUACGACAAUAUUCUCCCUCCUCGGCGUCGUUUUGAUGAUUGUCGGCCUCUCCUUCGACAAUUGGGUCGAAUACCAGGUCAACCGCCGAGACAUCGUCAACGCGUUCACCCAUGAUCAAGACCUAAAUAUGAAACUGAAAGAUGCCUUCGUCAGCAACAAACUCUUCUACUCCAGAAACUACGGCCUGUUCAACAUCUGCUUCGGCGACACCCUUCCAAAUGGUAUCGGCAGCUACAACAAACUCGGCGUCAACUGCAUCACCUACAAUGACUACUUCCCCCAGGACUCCGAGUCGAUGCACUUCACGCAGCUCCAAAAUAUCCGUCUGUGGCUGAUGCGCGGCUUGGUGGUCUCCUUCGCCGUCGGGCUUCUGCUCCUCUUCAUCUCGUUCGCUAUCGGCGUGACGGCAUGCUGGGGCCGUAGCCAGCGAUACGUCACAACCACCGCUGUGGUUAUGCUAUUCUCCAUGCUUUUCUUCUUCAUCGGACUUGGUAUCUGGCAUUACGUCGAUUACAUGGAACGCAAUCAGCUUGAUAUGGCUCCGUUCUACAAGGCUUGGGAACCGAUCCUAAAGCAAACGACUCGGAUCAGCUACGGAUGGACGCUGGUGUUGGCAUGGACUGGGGCAGCUUUCCUCAGCAUUGCCACCAUUUUCAUGUUCCUGUCGGCCCACGCGCUGAAGCGAGAAGAUGACAAGGCUUUCGAGGCCAAGCACGGCGGAUAUGCCCUUUCGAGCUACUAUCCUGAUAUGAAGACCGGCACCAUUGUUCCGUCUUACAACUACAACACCUACGGAUACGGACAGCACUACCCUGGCUACUACCAACAACAGUACAACAACCAGUACUAUGGCUAUAUGACAUACGGACGA